AUGUCAACUGGUAUGUGAUGAGACAGAAUUAAACUAUUUCAAUUAGAAUAGGAGAACAAGAGUUAUGUUGAAAGAAUGAAUAGUAGACAGAUAGGGAGAUUUAACGUCAAUUUUAGAUCCAUCGAGAUCAAUGAAAAAUUUUGAAACAGCAUAGACAAUAAUUAAAUCAUUAAGACAGUCUACAAUGCGAUCUACCAAAUUCAAAUAAACUACAUAAUUCCAAAUUAAAUUGAAAUUAAGUUACAAGAAUUAUUAAUACUAACUUUUCAUAGACCGUUCUCAAGUUUUUGGUGUUGCAAGAAUUUUUGCUUCAUUUAACGAUACUUUCGUUCACGUUACUGAUUUAUCAGGUAAAGAAACCAUUGCCAGAGUUACUGGUGGUAUGAAAGUCAAAGCUGAUAGAGAUGAAUCAUCACCAUACGCUGCUAUGUUGGCUGCUCAAGAUGUUGCUGCUAAAUGUAAAGAAGUUGGUAUUACUGCUGUUCACAUUAAAUUAAGAGCUACUGGUGGUACUAAAACCAAAACUCCAGGUCCAGGUGGUCAAUCAGCUUUAAGAGCUUUAGCUAGAUCAGGUUUAAGAAUUGGUAGAAUUGAAGAUGUUACUCCAGUUCCAUCAGAUUCUACUAGAAGAAAAGGUGGUAGAAGAGGUAGAAGAUUAUAA